AAAUAAGAUUAUUACAAGCACAAGAUAAUGCGGGAGCAAAACGAGAUGAUGAGUACAAGUAAUGCUACAUAAUCUCCUCAAGCUGAUCCACUUACCUUUUUUCACUGCGGUUUCUAAAACACACUAGCCUUUCCUCUAAUAGCUGCUCAUCACCAGGGAGAGAUGAAGAUACAGUGUAACGUGUGUGAGGCGGCGGAGGCGACGGUGCUGUGCUGCGCCGACGAGGCGGCGUUGUGUUAUGGUUGCGAUGAGACCGUCCAUGCAGCUAACAAGCUGGCUAGUAAACACCAGAGAGUUUCUCUCACUAACUCCUCAUCUCCUAUGCCCAAAUGCGAUAUUUGUCAGGAAACAGUUGGAUAUUUCUUUUGUCUGGAAGAUCGUGCUUUGCUAUGCAGGAAAUGUGAUGUCUCCAUACAUUCGAUCAAUGCCCAUGUUUCAGCUCAUCAACGCUUUCUGCUUACUGGAGUGAAGGUGGGACUUGAACCUACUGAACGUAGUGCGCCAUCUUCUUCAGGAAAGUCUCAGUCCCCUGACAAAGUUACUGAAACAGAGUCAAGGCCAUUGUCUAAAAAGAAUAACGACGUGGCUUUGGAAGGUCAAAAGAACAGUGUACAUUUCCAAGUUGGCGAAGUUGGCGAGGUGGCACCGACCAAUUCGUCUUUUGGUGGAGGGUCUGAUUGUGGAAGCUUUCAACAAUGGCAAUUAGAUGAAAUAUUUGGAGUAAACGAUCUCAAUCAGAAUUACAACUAUAUGGACAAUGGGUCAUCCAAGGCAGAUAGUGGCAAGUUUGGAGAGUUGGAUUGCUCAGCUAUAUUACUGGCAGCUGAUCUCGAUUUAGAUAGUGAUGACUGCUUAGGUCAUGUUCCUGAAACAGCAUGGGAUGUGCCAGAGCUACCAUCGCCUCCAACAGCUUCAGGACUUCACUGGCCAGAUACCUAUCAGCAUCAGGUGGAAAUUACACCUGCAUUUGUCCCUGAUGUAUGUUACUCAACCAGACAAUAUCAGUAUCAAGAUCAGCACAUGGUAAACAGUUUAAAGCGCAGAAGGCCCUAGUUUACUUUCCUCUUCCGAGUCCUGUAGAAGUGCUGCCAUAACAUCACUCAGUUGUGCUGCUACUUCCAGACUGUUUUCUGACGCGUCUAUGGUUGGUGAAGGAACUUGUAUCGUAGGCAUAGCUUUUUCGAGCCUCUACUUUUUGAAGUAUAGACAAAUGUAUGUUAACAGCUUGUAGUAGUUUGCCCUCUUCGGUCGUUGAGCCAUCAACUCCCUACCUUUCCAAGGACAGGGUACUAAAAUUGCCAGACUUGGGACUUCGAUCGGUAGGAUAUCUAUGUAUGAACCGGCUGUCAUAGCAGUUACAACUGGGUUUGUGAAAUAUAAUAACCACUGCAUGUGGCAGUUGGUCUAAGCAAGUUUACUUGAUAUUUGUCAUA